AAAUUCGCACCUCGUCUGCAACAAAAAACUCAUAUAGUUUCAUAAAAUACUACAUAGUAAUAUGCGUAUUAGAUUUGCAAUGAAUAUUCUACAAAAUUUGUUGUAUUCGGCCAAAUAGCGAACAUCGUUUUAUAACAGGAUAAUAUAAAAUUUAUAUAAUAAAUCUUUGUAGCGCUAACCAGUAGCUAAUAAUAAUUCGAAGCGUCAGGGCCGGAUAUAAGGAAAGAUAACCGGGCUACAACCCCGGGUCCUUCACAAGAGAAGGGUCCCCAAUAUAAGCUAUAAAUAUGUACAAAAUGAAAGUAGAUCUUAAAUCCACUACUUGCUUACAAUUACAGGCACAAUUGUGUUUUUCACUUGUUAUUGACGAUAAAUGUGUUUCCAGAGCAACGGAUAUAAACAAGGGUUACAUAGUGUCAAAAUUUGACGUAAGUUGAUUCUUUGAUAUUUUAUACAAGAAUUUUACAAAAUAUCUCAAAAUGGAAUUUAAUAAGAAAGCUGGCUUAUCAACAACUGACUUUGAAAUAUUUGGAAAAGUACAAGGUGUAUAUUUCCGAAAAUAUACACAGAAAAAAGCAAUAGAUCUUGGUCUUAAAGGAUGGGUCAUGAACACUGCUCAAGGCACUGUCAUUGGCCAACUGCAAGGUCCACAAGGUGCAAUACAAGAUAUGAAGCUAUGGCUCCAGAAAAUUGGUAGUCCCAAAUCGAAAAUAGAGAAAGCUGAUUUUAGAAAUGAGGGUUCGAUUAAUAGUUGUGCUUUCAGAACUUUUGAAAUAAGACGAUAG